AUGGGCGACGACGAUAACUCGGGGUCAGGAACCAUCUACUCCCGCAACAAGGAAGACACGCUCGAGGCCGAGACCCUCCUGUGGCGCGCCAUGUGCGACACCAAGCCCAAGCACCUCAAGAAGUACCUCGACAAGGAGGCCGUCCUUGCCCACCCGGGCCAGAAGCCCUACUCUCCGAAAUCCAAGCCGACCCUACAGGAAUAUCUCGAUGAGGACUGGGAGCCUUGGACGGCGUACAAAAUGCACGACGACCCCGAGUUUGUCGAGAUCGAUGUUAUGAGCUCCAGCCUCGUUUACCGCGUCACCGCUUGGCGCCAAAAGGGAAACAAGCUGGUCGCGACCGAGGGCAUCUGCAACAGCGUAUGGAAGCAGGAGCCUGGUGGGGAGUGGACUUGCUGCUGCCACCACAUGAGCACUAUUUAA